CCGACACGCGCGCGCGAACACACACACUCACACGCACACGCUGGCACGCCGGCGAGCUGCCGGCCGCUCCAUGGACCGACUCCCCUGCUUCCCCUGAUCCCGGCGCAGCCCGGGAUGAGACACUGCAAAAUGGCCCGGGUCGCCAGUGUGCUGGGGCUGGUCAUGCUCAGCGUCGCCCUGCUGAUCCUAUCGCUCAUCAGCUACGUGUCCCUGAAAAAGGAGAACAUCUUCACCACUCCCAAGUACGCCAACCCGGGGGCGCCCCGAAUGUACAUGUUCCACGCGGGGUUCCGGUCACAGUUUGCGCUGAAGUUUCUAGAUCCGUCUUUUGUGCCCAUUACGAAUUCUCUGACCCACGAACUCCAGGAGAAACCUUCUAAGUGGACAUUUAAUCGGACAGCGUUUUUGCAUCAAAGGCAAGAAAUUCUUCAGCAUGUCGAUGUAAUAAAAAAUUUUUCUUUGACCAAGAAUAGUGUUCGGAUCGGACAACUGAUGCACUAUGAUUAUUCCAGCCAUAAAUAUGUUUUCUCUAUUAGCAAUAACUUCCGAUCACUGCUUCCAGAUGUAUCACCCAUUGUGAAUAAGCAUUUUAAUAUCUGUGCUGUGGUUGGAAAUAGUGGGAUCCUGACAGGGAGCCGGUGUGGACAAGAAAUAGAUAAGUCAGAUUUUGUUUUCCGUUGCAAUUUUGCCCCUACGGAGGCUUUCCAAAGAGAUGUUGGAAGGAAAACCAACCUUACCACCUUCAACCCCAGCAUUCUGGAAAAAUAUUACAACAAUCUUUUGACCAUUCAGGACCGUAACAACUUUUUCCUCAGUUUAAAAAAGCUCGAUGGGGCCAUUCUUUGGAUCCCUGCAUUUUUCUUCCACACUUCAGCAACUGUUACCAGGACAUUAGUUGACUUUUUUGUUGAACACAGAGGUCAGUUAAAGGUCCAAUUGGCUUGGCCUGGAAAUAUAAUGCAACAUGUCAACAGGUACUGGAAAAACAAACAUUUGUCACCCAAACGGCUGAGCACAGGUAUUCUUAUGUACACCCUUGCAUCAGCAAUAUGUGAAGAGAUCCACUUGUAUGGAUUCUGGCCUUUUGGAUUUGACCCCAACACAAGGGAAGAUCUUCCAUACCAUUACUAUGACAAAAAAGGAACCAAAUUUACCACCAAGUGGCAGGAAUCACACCAGCUGCCUGCUGAGUUCCAGCUGCUGUACCGAAUGCAUGGGGAAGGGCUCACCAAGCUGACUCUGUCACACUGUGCCUAAGACUCUGAACAGAAGUGCCAAAUGGCCAUUUAAAAAGUGCCCCAAAUCAAAUGGAAUAGUCUUCAGAAUAGAACCCUAGAGAAUUCCUUAUAAAGAUUGUCUGCCAUUUAAAAGGAAAGAUGUCUUCUCUCCCUCUUUUGCACUGCUCUUUUAAGGGUCUUGGCAAGACAAAUGAGUUGAAGCCACAUGAUUUAAACUUGAUUGAUAAAGGGAAUGUUGCAUUUGGAACUAUGCUGCUAAUGAAAUGGUUUGAAGUAUUUUCGUGUUUGUAUUUUGAUAAUAAACUGCCUCCCUUUUUUAUGAGGACUAGAGCUGUAGUUCCUGCAGCUUUGAGAUACAGUCCUCAUAGUCACAGGCCUCUGGCCAGUUUGGGCAGGAUUUCAGUUUUGCCUGGGCGGGAUCAGACUCUUUAAAAUGGAAACAAAAAAAAAAUUGUUUGCAUAUCUCAUCUCUCACUCUCUAUUUCUGUCAUUCUCGGUCUCUUUCCCUACAACCCCUUGCCCCAUCACUGUGGAGUUUAAUAAUUUGCUAGGAAUCAUAUUAAAUUAGCUUUGUGUGUAUGUGUUGCAUUUGUACUUGUUUAAUGUGUUCAAGGCUCUGGGUAACUUUGAUAUUUCAUGACAAACUGACCAAAUCAUGAUGGAUCCCCUUAUGAUUACUUUUAGUCCAUGCAGUCGUUCUAUAGCAGAGUGGUCCCUCUGUGGUGAGUGGCAUAUAAUGCAGUGCAUCUUUCACUAACACAAAGAAAAUUUAUGUCAUGGGCGGGAUUGCAUCUCUUGACAUGAGUGCCAUUAUGGCAAAUCAUUCUAUUGCCACAUCGGCAAGGGCAUUCCAGCCUGAGUUUAGUGCCUCCCACAAUCCCAACCCAAGCACUUGGCUGGGAAAUCUCUCAGAAUAUAAACGCAAUGAGUCAGCUUAAGAGCCUGGAACAUAUAGAGGAAAAGGAAGAAGAAUGCUUAGAAGCUUUUAUGGAAUCUCUGUCUAACCUAAAGUAUUGUGACCAUGGUGCCCGUGCCGAGUCUUUGCAAACCAGGAGGGUUAGAGCAAAGUAGGAGAUUCAAAGUUGACCAGGACAGGCCACCAUGUGAAUAGUGCUGAGGUGAGGUCAUCUUCAGCAUCAUGUGUCCACCAGCACCACUCAGAACCAUCUGUUCUCUUCCAAACAAUUAUAGACAGUGGAUAGUUCCUUUUCCCACUGAAAUCUGUAUAUCUAAAUCUGUAUAUCUCUAAAAAUUAAGCCUUUCAUAAGGAAAAGCCAUUGGGUAAUAGCAAGAUUUGGUACAAAAUAACACUUGAAAUUUGAACUGUGUAGACCUGCCAUGAAGGAAUUAGUUGGCCAUUCUCUUUUUUUAUUAUUUCAGCCUUAGAAGUAGAAAUCACAUCACUCCCAUCCCUGGCUUUUCACUGAGCAGCACUUUGUUCUUCCAGUUCAGCCCAAAGUCUGGCCAAGUUGAUGUUAAAUUUUAAUAAGAGUUUUUUUUUUCUUCUUUCCAAAUGCCAGUCAAGCACAUUUGUAAUACAUCUGGGUGGGGUAGCUUUUUCUUUUCCAGAAAUCUCAUCCUAGAUUGCUUGUAAUGUUACAAUGCUGUUUAAAAUAAUUGCUGUUGUUCAGUCAUCAGCUCACUGUCCCUCUUUGGGAAGGUAUAAUCAUGCCGCAAAUUAAACCAAAUACAAUAAGAGAAGACAGAGUUCUGAUGCUCAUCUGCCUCCUGGUCCUAAAGCAGAGCUGUCCUGUCUCGCUUUUUUUUUUUUUUUUUUUUUUUCCAGAAAGCUAACUGGAGCAGCUUACAUAGAUCCAGAUGUUAACUAGUGAAAGAAAAACCAUACAGGUUCAAAUGUGUUACCAAUUGUGACACAUUUUACAAUGCUCUAUGAAUGGCAAUCCAAACAGGAAGAGACAGGAAUGGAUGUUUCAAAAGGGGAAAUACUAACACAGCUCAAUACUUGAAAUAAUUAGAGAAUAGACGGUUAAAAAAAAAAAAAAACCUUUAAAUUCACUGGUAUCAUUAGAUGGGCAUCAAAACCACCCCAUGCUUGUUCCCUAUCACUUUAAAGAAGACAGUGCUCCAGUGUUCAUGCUGUGCUCUGUUAGGAUCGCUGUGAGAUUGAUAACUGACAGAAGUGUUUAGUUGGCUUUUCCUAAGCACUUAGUUCAUUUGGUUACAGCUAAGUGAUAUUAAUGCCAAUGUUACAUGGGCCAGAUCCUGACUCUGGAGUUUUAAUCCCAAUGUGCCCAUUAGAUUUCACUAAAUAUAAAUAUGUAGACACGUUGAACCAGGCAGAUUAAGAGAGCAAAAGACCAGAAUCCCUAAAAACAGUUCAUUGUUCUAUGUGGAUUUUUAAAGUAGACCUCAUCAUAAUGCCAUUUGGGUUUUUUUGUUUGUUUGUUUUUUGUUUUGUUUUUUGUUGUUGUUGUUGCUGUUGUUUUUUGGGAGGUUUUUUGGGGUCUUUUUAAGUUCAGGAAGACGUUUUACAUCUCACAUCACUCUUGGUUCCAUCUUAACUUCAGAACAAGGGGACUUUUUCCAGCAUCAUUUCAUCUGCUGCUUUCACAGGAACUCAGAAUGUUGAGAAAACAGGCUUGUUUCUCAGAACAGAAGGCUUAGAGAUCAGUCUUAUCCCAUUUCCAGGCAGGAUUUCCUGGAACUGAUCCAAAAAGACCACCCUUCCCUUUUCUUCAAAAAUCUCUGAAGAAAACCCCAAGCCCUGCCAUAGGGGUUAACCACAGUUCUCACAAAUUCUUUCUGCACAGCCUACAUCCAUCCUAUUGGAAAAAUUAGGUGGCGAAUGUGGGUAAACGAUCUAUCCCAGUUUUCAGCAUAUAGUAAGCACUCGAUAUAUGGCAGCUUUUACUGUUACUUUUGUUAAUUGUGCCCUUGACCUAUAAUAGUUCCAGCACAGAGAAACGCAGCCGCUAGCUGAUCAUAUACAAUCUCUUGUUGUUUUUAAAGACCGUUUCAAAGAUCAAAUCUAUAUAACCACUGUCACGACCAGAGGGUUGGCGGGUCCCAUGAGUCCUGAUUAGAAAGGCAGUGGUGUAAGUAACUGGAACUCCCGGGCCUUUGCGGUCAAGAGCAGUGAAACAGGAAGAUCCAGAACUAUUGAAUCCUCACUCCUGAUUCAACUCAGAUACAAACCCCUGGCUUUUGCACUGUCCUUGCUUUUUUGGUUCCAGGUUAAGUACAUCCUUUUGUCAGACCCUCUCCUCUUCUGGGAUACUCACACCAGAAUCCACCCUCAGAUGUUGGGACAAAUUUCACCAUACAGCCCUCCAAGCCAUCUGCAUAUGAUACCUACAAAAAUGACCAAUUCAGUUGCAGAGGAGGAAAAAAACCCACAAACAUUUAGUGACCAGCUUAAUGCCAGUCCACCGACCAUUUUUCAUGGAUUAUUCUGGGAAUCAUGUGCAGAUAUUUAAAACGGGAUAGAGAGCUAAAGUGAGGUAUUAAGAAUUCCUCCCAGACCCAGAAAUCUUUCCCAUACCUGAUGAUUAAAACAUUUAUAGUUCCUCUGCUUUUGCUUCUGUGUCUUAAGUGUCCUUGACCAUUGUAAAAGUGGUGUAUGUUUAGUAGUGGUGUGUGCCUAGCAGUGCUGUGACUGCCGUACCAUCUGCCUAUGACCUUGAUGUCAUGCACGUGACCAUGGGGCUGCCAGCCAGGACAUGCGAGGGGAGAGGGUCUUCCAGCCUCCUUGUGUCCGGGCCUCCAGUUAUCCACGAAUGUGAGUGCCAUGACUAACCUAAUUUGGUGGGGAAGCUAAGGAAUGGAAGAGCAUUUCUUAUGACUUUGGGCCAAGCAGUAGUUAUUGGGCACUCUUAAAGAGCAAAGAAAGGUUGACCUGAGGUCAGGGGAAGCAGGGACAGAAUUGUAGAACCAUAGGAUACCAGAAAUGGAAGAGCCUUUCAACUUCUAUAGUCCUAAUCCUUGACGUUACAAAUGAGAACUGGAGAAACAGGCUAAAUGAUUUUCCCAAGAUUACAUAGAUAAUCAGUAGGAAAAUUUAUGACUCUCCAUCUCCUCCUUUACCAGCAUCAAAUGAAGAUGGGCCCAAAAAGAAAGUAUUUUAGUCCGGGGUCCUCAUGGCACAGAAAGUACACUGUAAAGGAGGAAAAUUUAUUCUCCCUCACCGCCCCCCCCAAAAGUAUUUAUUUGUCAGUGUAGACAGUUAGGGAGAUGGUGCCUAAGCAUACAACAUCCACUGAUAAUAACCUGCAUUCUUCCCUGAAAUGACAGAAAACCCCCUUGGCAAAUCAUGAUUCUGGUAAAUCACAAUUUAGUUACUGACAGUUCACAGUUGACAGCUAGAAUCUCAUCCAGUAAUUCAAUAUCCACUUUAUAAAACCUGGUUUUAGCAAUAUAUAUGCACAAUUUAAACGCUGAAUCCUGAGAACAGUUAUGUACUUCUUUUGAAAAUUCGUAUUCAGUUUAUUUAACCCAAGAAAAUUUCACUUGUUGUUUUGCUCCAUGUGUAUUAUUUUCAGCUGGGGCCUGUUGAGGUAAGGAAUAACUUUUGUCAAUGCCUUCCACAUUGCAAGUAAUUUCAACAGCCGACUUUGCAUUAUUGCAUUAGUUUAGUAUGUUAAGAAGAUGCGAAUAAUGAAUAAUGUUGAACUGAGUCUUCUGGUGCAAAAUAACAGACCAAACAAUUUUCUGUAUAAAUCUGGAUCCUUAAAUCCCUUUUCUUCAAAUUGUUUAAAUGUGCUAGGCAAAAGUAUCUGUGUAGCCUCUCCUUCUCCCAGAAUAUGCAGAACUGUGCUUUUGCUUAUAAAGAUUGUUGGGAUCGUGUGUAUGUGGCUAAAACCCCCAGAUGGAGCAUCGCAGGUGCCAGAGAGUUAGAGGCUCUGGGCCACCUGACUGACCUACCUGGGCUCUGUGGCCCAAUUAAUCAAGGCCAUAGGUGAAUUGACACCAAGGAUCAAAAUAACUAAAUAUGCCUCUCCCACAUUCUGAUUGCUUUGCCACACAGGUUUAACGUUUGAAAUGGGAAAGAUUUUAGAAUGUCAUUAUUGUAUUACACAGUAUAUCCUAAAAUUUGUUUUUAUUGUGAUGACUUCUUAUUGAAGAUACGUGUUUUAACAGAUGUUGUUAUCCUCAAUGAAGCCCAUUCUCAUGUUGUUAAUUACAGUGAAAUCACAGUGAAGAGCCUGUCACAGAAAAGCUGACGCCAAUCUAAGAUUACAAUAGGGUUAUGGGGUUAGGACCUGGAUCAUGCUGCUGAUCCACCAGCAAACAAAGCUGUAUGACACGAGGAGCUCUUUAAAACACAACUCUUGCUCCCCACCCCAGACCUUUGACUCAGAAUGUCCUAGGAUAAGCUAAGCUUAUAAAGAUUCCCAGGUAAUUCUGAGGUCCCCAGCAUUUGAAAACAAAUAAUAUAUAGCAAAGUCAUAUAUACCAUUUUGACCAAAGUAGCUGAAUGCUUAUCACUCCUCAUGCAAUUAGUAUCACAUCUGUUCCUUGAAGUUAUCAUAAUACAUGGCAAUAUAGACACAGUCUUAGUGAUUCAACUAUUCAACUGUUUUGGCAGAAUUGACCUGUCACUGAUUUGUAAGCAAAUAGUAACUGGUUAAUUUAGUCAGAAUGGAUUCAAGCCUGAAGACAGUCGGAGUGAGGGACAUAGCUUUAAUAUACUUUACCCCAAGGCCAGCUCUCUAUAUUUCGCUUUUGAUAUUUCAAAAGGAGAGGCAGAUCUCAGGUCAUUCGUCUUUACAAAUAGAUAGACUGAGAAACAGGGAAGUUAAAUGACUCAUUCAGAUUCUACUUGGAUGUCAUUCCCAGAGCCUAAAAUAUUCCUAAAGGGGUCUGAUUUCUUAACCUACAGGUUAUGCGCAAAAUGCAAAGAUCCUCAGGUUAAAAUGAAACCAAUCAAAAAAGGAAAUUGAAGGAGUUAAAAUUCUAAGACUGAGUAUAAAAUUCUAAGACCAACUGAACCAGUUGUCACUGGCUGCCCUGUAUCAGCCUCUGUUGAAUAAGGUGCCACCAUGCUAAUGACGUUUUGGCCAGGUUCCUUUUGAUAGCUGUGCACAUGCCUUUAAUCGUCAGAGUUACUGAAGGCCUCCUUUGAUUUUCUUUCUGUGGGAGUCAGAGACAAUUGCGGCUCUUUGGUGUGCUGCUAAAUAUUUCACAACUGGAUCUGGAAAAGGUGGCGCCCUGAUGUGUAGCUCUUGCCAAUUUCCGUGGUAUAAAUAUUCUCAACAUAGACGGUUUCAAGCUACUAACUUUAUGUCAACCAGCUGAACAUGUAACAACAUGUUUUCAGGAGCUCCAGCACGGCACCACCUGAACAGCUGCUGAGUCCGAGAGUACCAAACAGGGGAGAGGCUGGCAGUGGCUUUGGAGAAACUCCCAAGUGCCCCCUCCCCACAAGGAGGCAUUUCUACUUUAGUUAGAUCUACUAAUUUUUAGUAUAUUAUUGGGUCCUUGAGGCUAAGGACCCUGAAGUGUUCAAAAUAUUUCCUAGCCAUGUGACUCUUAGGAACUUCUCAACACACCACUCAGUACUUUGGGGGACUACCAGCCAUGGUUUUUCUAAUCUCUAAGGGCAAGCUUCCAGGUAAACAUUCUUUAAUUUAACUGCCAGUUGAAACCAUGUUUAGCUGAUCUUUUCUCAUAUCCUGUAGUCCAUGGCCUGUUUCCCCAAAUCUCAAAUUUUCCCUGUCUACUUGCUUCUCAUUCUCCAUCAUAGCAUGCAGAAAUCAGUGCUUGCACAGGAGCAGGAGAAGAACAGACAUCCAGUAAGCUUACCUAGCCCCGCCACACCUGCAGAGGCUCCAUGGUUCACAUGUCUUUACUUCAUUAAGGGACACCUGCUAAGCCUCAUGCCCAAGGCUCGAAUAUGCACCAGGCUGGGCUUUUUUGCCCCCCUAAAAGUUUCUGAAGGGCAAUAAAUACCACAAAUAAGAACUCCAUUGGGUAAACAUGAGGAAGGCAACAUGUGAUGCCUUGCCCCUACCUAUGCUAGUGUAAGGCUGGACCUUGAAAGAACCUACCACUGCAGUCCCCUGGGCAUUGAGCAGUUGUGCUCCCACUAGUUGUAAGCGAAUUCCCCAUUUAACAAGAGUGUUUAGAAACCAAAUACUCUGGUGAGCCACAGAACAAGUUUGGUUUGCAAAUUAAAGGUUUUUCUGAUGGAAAUCAUUCUUAGGUGGAUUUGAUUAGAUCUUUUGAAAGGCAAUACUGGGAAAAAAUGUAUUUAAUUCCUCAAACAUAAUAAGUGGACAUAGGCUUUUAUUCUUUAUGUAGUAAAUCAAAAUUAGAUCAUAGCAGGCAAAAUCUACUUUACUUGCUGUAGUAAAAUAUCCUGUAGGGUCUGUAAGGCAUUUCUAGACUACAAAUGUUUGAAACUCAACUUAAACAUUGUCUAUCUUAUGUUUGAAAAGCCAAGGUAUCCCUCUGUUUUCUGUACUUCUUAGUAGUCAUUGAAAUGAGCUUGCUUCUUUAUACUGAAUAAGCUACAUUUUGUUUUAAAUGAAUCAGGUACAUGUUCAGAUGCUUUUCUGUAUUCACAACAAAUUGCAUGCAGCCUGGGCACAAAAUAUACCUUCACCCCCUGGCUUUUUUCUGGACACCAAAGAGAUAAGUCCAUAGCCACAAGCAGAAAGGAUUUGAUAGCAGGCCCCAUUUUGUCAUGAACAAAUUCACAGCAAAAUCAGCCUUGAGGAACCAGUCACUCCCAUAGUAUCUUGAGGUAGGGAAGUAGGUUAGAAAAAUUGGUAGAUUAUAGGAGAGAAGUUUGAUCAUGUGUAGAUGUGGAACAAAGUCACUGAAGUACUUACAAAAAGGAAAGGGAGGUUUUCCUCUGAAAUCUGGAAUCUAGAUCAUUUUGCAAGACUUAGAACAAUUGGUCUCCACAUCUAAACACUCUUGAACCACAUUUCAAAAUCCAAAUCUAAGCCCUUAUUAUGCAGAAAAGGAGCCUUCCGGCCAAGGGCCCUGGUAGGGCUUUAUAUUGAUGAAUUGAGAUCCUAUCACCAAGCAUCAGCAAUUAGCACUGAAAUUCUCCCAGGACACAGAACAAAAUAUUGAAACAUCACAACGCAGCAUCGUUUAUUCACAUAGAAGAGUCAACUACAAGCAUAGCAGAACUUCACAGAUCUAGACAUUAUCUCAGGUCUAGAUCAACAUCUUCAGCAUGGAGAUGAAACAGGUGAGGUCCACAAAGUAGGAAGUGAUUUAGCUGCCCAGCUAGUUAACUGCAGUUAGAGUCUGGGUCUCCUGACCACUGAUUCUACUCCAGCACACCAUGCUGCCUCCAUUCUUUAGAAGGGAAGCUGACAAUCCAUUGUGAAGCAUAAAUCAGAAGUCAAGACAAAAGAAUGUUUGUGAUAUCUUCUCUCACUUGACCUACUUGGUUUCACCACUUCAUCUCAGUAUCUCUUUAAAGCAUGUUAUGCCAAUGUAGAAUGAGGAACAAAAACUUUUUUCAGAGUAAGGAUGAAACCAAAAGGUGGGAGAACAGUGAAUGUAAGUUAUUAAAGAAAUGAGCAAGAAGCAUGCAUCAGGGAAAAUAAAUGCUUCUUAUAUUGUCAUAACCAUAGAGCCCUCCCCUCACAUACUUGAUGAUGCAUUUAUUUUGGAAAAUGCCAUUUUAUGCUGAAAGACUGGCAUCGAAGACUUCACUCCUUCUCAACUACAUCAGAAGCACUCUCGCUCUUUGGGAGAAGCUGCGGCCCUUAGGAUCGGACUCCCAUCUCCCGUGACAGGUGGCCUCAGCUGCCCUGAGAAACAUGGUGCCGGACGGACAGGGCCUUGGAAACCUGAGAGGAGUCAGCAUGGCUGGACUGAGGAACAUGUAAAUAUCUUCCGCCUUCUUGGUCAACAAGGAUGACCAUCUUUCUUUAGUAGAGGUAAUCGUGUGUAUAUUGUGACUGUAGUUUGUGACAAAAACACAAUGAUUUGCUUCGACGGCUCCCUACUUGUAUACCUGUUGAGUGUGAAUGUACCUGCCUCACUGCCUCGUGUGCCAAACACAGUACUGAAUGCAUUGUUUUUAAAUAAACUGUUCUACUGUGCAUUGGAGAACA